UUUAUUUAUUUAAUGUGCUCUGAGAAAACAGUUCGUGAUUAAUUAAGAAAAAUUUACAUUUUCACCAUGGUUAUGUCUCCUGAUGUUAAGGAAAGACUAGAAAUUGUUUAUGAUGUAGCGAAGACUACAUUCCAUUGGGGUUUUAUUCCUCUGGUUCUAUAUCUUGGAUUCCGAAAAGGAGCUGAACCUGGUAUGCCGCCUUUAUCCAUUUUGAGUUUGUUAUGGCAAUGAAUGUAUUUAGGAAAACCGGUGAAUAAUUUCAAAUUUUAGCGUGUUAUUUACAUUUAAUAAAACAUUUAAUAUAAUGAUUAUAAAAAGAUUUAAUAUGAAUCUACAUUUUUCUUACAAACGCAUUAAAGAUUAUGAGAUAAGACAGCUUCGGGUAAUUCAACGUGUGCAAGUUGCAAUAUCAUAUAGGUAUCAUAUAGGUUAUGGGCAGUUCUGAUAUAAUUUGUCGGCAAGUUGAUUUUUAAUAUUUCUCUGAUAUGGAAUAAGUAUAAACUAAACCAAUGAAACAUGGCUUAUAGUUGUUAAUUCCCUAAACUAGACUUUCAAUGUUAGGAAGUUAUGACACUG